AUGUUCGGCAUAUGGCGCAUAUUAUGUGCUUUCGCCGUGGCACUGCUUGCCUAUGCAGUGCAGGCAGAGUCUCCGAAGAUAGAUCAACACUAUUUUCCCAAUGUACCUGCCAAAUUGCACUACUUUGAAGAUUCUUCUGAGGUGUUAUGGCACGAUGCAGCGGAGGGCAAUGUGUAUCGGAGUUCGGACGAGGGAAAGACAUGGAGUAAGGUGCGCGGUCCCCGGGAAGGUAUGGCGAACCUGGUUAUCCCUCAUCCCUAUGAUCCUCGCCAGGCUUUUAUCAUGUCAGAUGACCUAGAGCAUUGGCGUACGAUGAACCGCGGCAAAACCUGGCAAAGUUUUCGUACACCAUUGCCUCCAUCUACGCGAGCUAGCUUACCAUUGCAUUUCCACGCCGACAAAAAGCAUCACGAUUGGAUUUUGUUUACUGGAAAGUCGUGCGAUAAGGGCCUUCUUACUACGACGUGUCACGAUUCGGCCUAUUAUACCAAGGAUGCCUUUGCGAGCGAUGUGCAGAUGAUCAUGGAUCGAGUGCUUCAGUGCCAAUGGGCGAAAAUGACAAAAGAGCUUCAAGUGAGUGAUGCAGCUAUGCAGCGAAUCUUUUGUAUCGCCUGGGACGAGAGCAUUAGUAAGGCGACGGCGUUACCCCGAGCAAUGACCCAAGGCUCAGGGCUUGAUAAGACGCGCAUGUUUGUGAGCGAUGACCUAUUCAAGACACAACGUGCAGUGUCGUUCAGCGAUAUGCCUCAGCCUCGUGGGUUUGCGAGCAUUGGUCAGUCCCGCCACUUCUUAAUCACGGCCGUGAGGGAUUCUACACCUGGGUACGGUGGUGAGCUUCGUCUGUAUAUUUCGCGUGAUGCGGAACAUUGGACGCACGCACGUUUUCCACAUGGCCAACUCACGCAUGAAAAUGCCUAUACAGUUUUGGAUGGACCCAAGUACCACUUGGUUGUCGAUGUCUUGGACAGUGAUGCGCACACUGGCGCAUUGUUUAUGAGCGACAGUACGGGCGCCAACUUCUCACUGAGCUUGACGGGGACACAGCGGAACAAAGACUACUUGGUCGAUUAUGAGCACUUGGCCAACAUUGAGGGUGUUGCCAUUGUCAACGUUCAACCGGAUGGGCCGUCAGGACGUGUACAGACUCGCAUUACGCACGAUGAGGGUGCGUCUUGGUCGCGUCUUGCUGCGCCAUCCAAGGAUGUAGACGGGCACAAAAUACCAUGCAAUGUGAACCAGCCGGAGUCAUGCGCGUUGCAUCUGCAUGCUCUUUUGCACUUACGCAACCUGGGCCGCGUAUUUUCUUCCACGGCGCCAGGGUUGGUGAUGGGUGUGGGGUCCGUGGGUGAUAAGCUGAAGCCUUACGAUGAGUGUGAUACCUACCUCAGUACAGAUGCAGGUGUCACCUGGCGUAUGGUUGCCCGACAUCCACACAAGCACGUCUUCGGUGACCAAGGUGGCCUUAUUGUCAUGGUCGAAGAUGCACCACUUGUGGAUGUACUAAAAUACUCGUUUGAUUACGGUGCGACCUGGGCUACACAGUCUUUGCCUGCGCCUGUAGAGCCUGUGGCUCUGACGACGGCGCCUGACGGCACGGCUCUCAAAGUGCUUCUAGUAGGCUCUCAGAAGCGGGGUACUACAGAUCCAUCGAAGCGCCAUAUGACCGUAUUUGUGGACUUUGCCAAGCUCUCAAAGCGCACCUGCAAGGAAAGUGACUUUGAAAAGUUCUACCCAUCGACCAUGGCCGGCCAUCAAUGUCUCUUUGGUCACAAGCAGUGGUACAAACGUCGGAAAGCGGCGGCUGACUGCUUUGUGCGCAACAAGUUCCACGAACCGCAAGGAAAAGAAGAGCCAUGCCCGUGCACGCCGGCUGAUUACGAAUGCGACAUUGGGUUUGUGCGGAAGCAGGGCAAAUGUAUCCCUGGACGUCCUAUGGACGCACCACCUGGCGCCUGCGCGAAGGGGGAAAAGACGUUUAUGGGAUCCUCGGGCUACCGUCGUAUUCCUGGGAACACAUGCGAAGCAGGCCAAGACGUGGCGUUGGAUGCACCUGUGCCUCGGCCCUGCAGUGAGGCGAAGCCAUCGCUAGGCGCUGUAGCACAUGCCCGUUUUGAGUUCCCUGCGCCUGUGCAAGAGGUGCUGCAUUUCCGUUCAUCGCCACGUAUUCUUGUACGUUUGAAAGAUGGCCAAGUAUACCAGUCAGCGGACGAUGGCAGCACAUGGCAUGCCUUGUCCCUGGUCGCUGGCACCGGCGACACAGACACGGCCCUGGCCCUUAUCGCGAACCCGUACGCCCGCUUGAGCGCCUAUAUCGUUACAGCAGGGAGGACGGUGCACUUUACCACCGAUGGGGGUGCGUCAUGGGACUGGUUUGUGGCGCCGCUGGAGGUCAACGUCUUUGGUCUGGACCCUCUUAGCUUCCACCCCAAGCAGCCCACGUGGCUUUUGUGGACAGGCAGCCGUGACUGCCAGGAGAAUGGAGAGUGUCGUGUGGAAGUCUGGUCUAUCACUGAACCGAAGCAGGGGCGCUGGAAACGUGUGGAUACGUAUGUGAGAAAGUGUACCUUCCUAGCCACGGAGCAUUUCCCUGGGCCUGAAGAUACGAUUGUGUGUGAAAGCUACCCGACGAAGUCGGGCUCACAGCGGACUAUGGCGUCACUGCCUGUGGACUUGGUCGUCGGUGACCAAUUCUACACGAAGAAGACUACGGUGAUGCGCAAUAUUCUUGGCUACUCUGUGUUUGAGCAGUACAUGCUGGUGGCUGAGAUUGAGGGUGAAGCGUCUUCCCUCCAAAUGCAUGUUUCGUUGGACGGACAUCGUUUCUCACCCGUGACACUUCCGCCAUCGCUGCAGCUGGAUCAUCGAGCUUAUACCGUCUUGGACUCUGUGACCAGAGCUGUGUUUAUGCAUGUGACGACCACGUCGAACCCCAAUGCGCAGUGGGGUGAUAUCGUGAAGAGCAACUCCAACGGCACGUACUAUGCCCUCUCGCUGGAGCAUGUGAACCGCAACGGGGCAGGGUACGUUGACUUUGAGAAGAUGCAAGGCUUGGACGGCAUUGCGCUGGCGAAUAUCGUGGCGAAUAUCGAUGAUGCUAGUGUAUCAGGUACCAAGCGUCUACAGACCAAGAUCACGCACAACGAUGGCGGCCACUGGACUACGGUCGUGCCCCCCGAACAGGACUCGCAUGGUGUUCGGUAUGCAUGCGACUCGGUGGGUUGCAAUUUGCAUUUGCACAACAUUCUUGAGCGGCCCGAUUUGCGUAUGACACUCACUAGCCCUUCCGCCUUGGGCUUUAUGCUGGCCACGGGCAAUGUCGGCCGUGAGUUGCUGCCGUACAACGAGUGUGACACAUUCCUUACGCGGGACGGUGGCUUCACAUGGGAAGAGGUGCACAAGAGUACGCACAAGUGGGAGUAUGGCGAUCACGGCUCCAUCAUUGUGAUGGUCGACGACCAACAUGCGACAGACUCCCUUUUGUACACACUGGACCAAGGUCUUACAUGGGAAACGUACAGGUUUGGCGUAAAGAUGCGUGUGUGGACCAUCGAUACCGUCCCGGAAGAUACGAAGCGCAAGUUUGUGUUGCUGGGCGAUGCCAUGGGCAAAGCCACGGCCGUGUUCCUGGACUUCUCGUCCGUGUUGCCGACACAGUGUGUCUAUGACCCAAAGAAUGAGGCCAAGAACGACUUUGAAAAAUGGAGCCCUAGCCAGCAACGGGAAGAGGCUUGCUUGUUCGGUAGCCAAACGUGGUUCUGGCGUCGCAAGCGCGAUCGUGUGUGCUACAUUGGAUCGACACUACCGGACAAUGUGGUAGAAAAAGUGUCCUGUGAAUGCACAGACGCCGACUUUGAGUGCGAAUUCAAUCACUAUCGUGACGCACAGACGGGGCAGUGCGUGCUGUACCCAGGGGCACAAAAGCUCCUCGAGGACGAGGCCGCCCAGUGCUCGCCGGAUGCACCUGAGUACGAUGGGUACUGGUAUGAGCGUACGAAUGUACGAAAAAUUCCGCUAUCGCAGUGUAGUGGUGGUCACCGUCCUGAUCGUGGACGUCGUCACCGAUGCAGCCAUACGCCUCAGUCGCAUGGUCUGCUUUGGUGGCUCUUUGUCUUGGCCGCCGCCGGCGCGCUGGGGUACUUUGCUGCGACAUGGCUGGCACGUCAUAAUAACGGCGCUCUUUUCCUGGGCGGCGCUGCUGAAAACUCGCCUCUGUACCGUGAUAUCCGGGAGCAGGUACGUUUGGGCGUGCAGUUUGUCGGUGGCCUAGCGAGUUUGGUCUGGUCCCAUGUGGUCGCCUUCGCUAGCGACCUCCCCAUUCUGCGUGACUAUCUACGUCGCUCGGAUCGUCCAUUCUCGAGCUAUCAUAUGUUGUCUACGGACGAAGAUGCAGAGAUUCUGCGGGACUAUGAUAGCGACUUGGAAGCAUGA